AUGCACUACCCUCGUACAGCUGCAGCAGCUCUUGGCCGUAAUCAUUCUUCCACGUCGAUCAAGGUGUUCAAUGAAGUUGCUGAAGCUCUAUUCUCUUCUCGCACUGCACUUCUGGAGUCACUCAGCUCAAUACCGCAUACCAUGCGCCAAGAAACAAUGCAAGACACAAUCGCACCGCCACCCCAAGCAACCAUAACUUCCCCCACCAUCCCUCAUCUCUCAACAACAGGGAAUUGUCAGCAACUCAUCAUCCAUAACAAACCCUUCCUCGUCCUCGGCGGCGAAGUGCAAAAUUCUCAAUUCUCAUCAGCGAGCUAUAUGAAACCUAUCUGGCCAAAGCUCAAAGCAGCGAAUAUCAACACCGUGUUUGGAGCUGUGACUUGGGAACAGAUCGAGCCGACUGAGGGAGGUUCUGUGUUUGAUGAGCUGGAUCGGAUCGUGUAUGAUGCGAGAGAGGAGGGAUUGAAAUUGGUGCUGCUUUGGUUUGGGGGUUUUAAGAAUGCACUUUCGACGUAUGCUCCAUCAUGGGUGAAGCGUGAUGCGAAACGGUUCCCGCGAGCUGAAUUACGGACGGCUGAUGGACAGAUGCUUGCUGAUGCGGUUUCGAUUUUUCAUCCUGCUGCUAGGGAGGCAGAUGCGAAAGCUUUCAAGGCCUUGAUGCAGCAUAUCAAGGAAAUUGACGAAGGACAUUCGACCAUUGUGAUGGUACAAGUCGAAAACGAAGUCGGUCUGCUCGGCGAUUCGGUCGAUCGAUCAGCACCUGCCGUGGAAGCUUGGAAACAACCUCUGCCUGCGGACUUUCUGCGGAUUAUACAUCAGCAAUGGUCACAGCUUAACGAGCCCUUUUGGAAGAAUUUCCAUCAUCUACAGUUCGUCAACGCGGCAAAAAACAAGACGUGGAAAGAUCUUUCGAACGGCGAUGAAGAAGGCCUGACAGUCCACGAACUCUUCAUGGCAUAUCAUUUCUCUCAAUACGUCGAAACUGUUGCCGCAGCAGGGAAAGCAGUGUAUCCACUUCCGUUAUUCACAUAUGUAUGGCAGAACUAUGCUGAAGAGACACAAGACUCGACCGAAGAUUCUCCAGCUAUGGUGGCGGGUGGUGGUCAGCCUGGCGAUUAUCCUUCAGGCGGCGGCGUCAGCAACGUCCUCGACAUUUGGAAGCUCUUCGCUCCGUCGCUGGACUUGAUCGCGCCAGAUAUCUAUCUGAAUGAUUAUGAGGCUUCAUGUAAGGCAUAUCGUCACCGAGGUCAGGGUCUGUUGAUACCUGAGCAGAGAAGGGAUGAUUAUGGCGCGAGGAGGAUUUGGCAGGCUUUUGGUUCGCAUCGAUGUAUUGGGACUGCGCCGUUUGGGGUUGAUAGUUUGGAAGUUGAGGAGCUGGAGAAAGUGUGGGGAAAGCAUUAUGGUCUGUUGAGCAAGGUCUCGAAGUAUGUGCUAGCAGCGCAGAUCAGGAAGGACGCUUGUGCGGGAUUCUUCUUUGAUGAGUUGAGAGAAGAUGGAAGUGAUCCUUCUUCCCCGAAAGAGAUGGAGUUUGAGGAUUGGAAUCUGCGGGUGGAACGAGCACAUGUUUUUGGAAGGCCUUCUGCUGGUUCGGGAAUGGCCGUUCAUCUGGAUCAGAAUGAGUUUCUGUUGAUUGGAUGGGGAUUCCAAGUUUCGUUCACUGCGAAGAACGGCAAAGCGAAGUUCAACGGGAUUUCGAGAUUUGAGGAGAAAGAGGUCGAUGUAAAGACAGGCGAGCUGCGGACGUUGAGAUUGCUGAACGGAGACGAGACGAGAAGUGGGAAAUUCGCUGUUAUGCCUAGUGAGAGUCCGGACUAUGGCGGCUUUCCGAUCGCUAUCACUAUCCCUGCGAAUACUGGGAUCGCUGUGGUUGAGCCUUAUGCACUUGAAUAG